AUGUCAUCAACUUGGACACAAAACAAUGGAAAAUCAUUAGUUACAUCAAUGAUUAAAAAUGAACAUACAAAUGAUGAUGAACAUAGUAAUCUUUCGAAUAAUAGUAAUACAACAUCAUCAUCAACAACAACAACACAAAUUAAUCAAUUAUCAACAAAUAAUCAACAACAAAUAUCUUUAAAUGAAUCAAUCUAUUCAGUACCAACAACAUUAAAAAAUUUAAAUCUUAUUGCUUCAAAUAAUUUACAACAAGAACAAUAUUCAUCGGCAAAUGAUUCAUCUCCAUUCGUUGGUCAAUAUAUCAGAUCCGAUCUGCAAUCAUAUACAGAUCCAAUAGUUUAUUAUGGUGAUGGUAUGAUUGAUCCACUUCAACAAAAUUAUUCGCAUUUACAACAAGUUCUUUAUUCACCAUCAAUAUCAAGUAUUCAUCAUUCACAACAAUUAUCUUAUGACGAUGCAACUAGACCAAGAACAAUUAUUUAUGAUAAUGGUACAAUGCAAACAUGGCCAUCGAAUGAAACUCAACAUUAUUUAAAUUAUCCAUCAACAACAUUAACGAAUAUAAAUGAAUUAACACAUCUUCAACAACAUCAAAAUGAUCCGGGACAUUUUUGGCCAGAUACGACAACUGGUGGAACAUAUUUUCAAUAUCCAGAUAGUUCGUGUUUUGAUACAACGGAUGGACGUGAAUGUGUUAAUUGUGGAGCUGUAUCAACAUCAUUAUGGCGACAUGAUAUUACAGGUCAUUAUUUGUGUAAUAAUUGUUAUAUAUGUCAUAGAGUCGAUAGUCCGAAUGGAUCAUUACAACGAUCAAUUCGACAUAUGGAAGGUGACGAUCAACCUCGAUCAUCUGUUAUAGAU